AUGCCUCGUGCCAACGAACCCACCUCCAAGAUCUUCUACAAGGGUCGCUCCGACGACUUCAUUGUCUUCGUGGACGACCAGGAUAGCCUGAAGAAGUGGAGGAGCGACCAUAGCAUCCCAUUGACUGACGUGCUCAACGGCUGGAAGAUCUUCCUGACUCACGGUCACGGAGCCCAGGGCGUCCUGGACGGCGCUAGCAAGGCCGCUUUGGAGAACGAGUUCGGCACCUCCAACGAGGACGACUGUAUGGUCAAGAUCCUGGAAGGCGGCGAGUACCAGUCCAGCACGACACGCGAGCGUGAAGGCAGCAAGAACGACUCUAAGGGCUCCCUGGGAAUUACCCGGUAA